CAUUCCCAUUCUUCACAUUCUCUCUCUCAAAAAUAUCAAGAGAUAGAGAGAGUUUAAUCAAACCAUAGCUCUCAAAUUUUGUCUAUGGCCAUUAGCCAAACCAUGUCAAACCCUAGUGAUUGGCUUUUCCAACCCUACCAACAUGAUUUCUCUCAAAUCAACCAAAACAUCCAAACUAUUUCUCCCACCACCACCUUUUUCGCCGCUAACGGCUCAAACAGCAACAACAACAAUAACAAUAACAACAACAACAACCUUGUCCCUGAGCAAGGCCGUGUGGCCAAGCCCGUGAGGAGGCGGUCGAGGGCCUCAAGGCGGACCCCCACCACCCUCCUCAACACGGACACGGCCAACUUCAGGGCCAUGGUGCAGCACUUCACCGGGGGGCCCGCCGCCAGGCAGCUGCCGAUUCCCGGCAGUGGAAGCGCCGCCGCCGCGAGCUACAUGGAUCAUCAUGUGGCGUCGGGCGGCGGUUUCCACGUGCACUAUCCGCAGCAGCAGCAGAAUAUGUUUGUGAUGGACGGCGUGCAUGGCGUCGGCGGCGGGGAGUGGGAAUAGGAUUAAUUAUGAAAACUUUAUGGUUUGAUUUAUGGGAAAUUUGGUGAUUAUAUUUGCUGACUUGUCGUUGUAAUUUUUUUUUUCACGGUUGACUAUAUAGAAAUCUAUGAAUCGUGGUAGGUGUACUGUGUUUUUUUUUGCCCUUAUUUUGGGGGUUUGGUUUUGUUGAUUAAAAUGUAGCAUUCCUUAUUGAUCCUAGGCUUCUUUUGUUAUGAAAAUAAUAUUGUAUUUUAUUUUUAGGAUACUGUAAUAUAGUAAUAUAAUAAAUUAUUAUU